AUGACUCAAGACGAGAGGAUAUACCGGGACCCCAAGUCUUUUAAUCCAGACCGAUACAAGCCGCCCUCUGCUGGCGGCCAUGACAACAGCGUCUGGAUAGCUGCGGCCACGAUGCUAGCCACUCUCAACAUUGGCAAGAAGGUCGGACGAGACGGCCAAGUUAUCGAGCCAGAAGUGGUGUUCACUAAUGGCGGUACCUGGUGA